UCUUAACACGACUUCAUCAGAGGCUGAGAGAGAGAGAGAGAGAGAGAGAGAGAGCUAUGUAUCCUCGCUUCCUAUCCCUUGCGCGAUCCUCGAGAUCAUCUCAAUCUCUUAUGAAACCUUCUCUGCUGUCUUUCUCUUCGUCAUCAUCUGCUUCUGUUAAAAUUUCAAAGCCUGAAUUGCCACAAACCCUUGCGGGUCUAAGAGAAGUACUGGCAAUUGAAUCACCUUCCCUAACUGAUUUCAUCCGUCUUCAACAGAACGAUGAGUAUUCAGUCGAGGUUAGCACGAAGAAGAAUCCCCUCCCAAAGCCCAAAUGGAUGAAAGAAUCAAUACCUGGUGGGUCUAAGUAUGCUAAGAUCAAGAGCAAGCUCAGGGAAUUGAAGCUUCACACCGUCUGCGAAGAAGCCAAGUGCCCCAAUUUAGGGGAAUGUUGGUCCGGUGGAGAGACAGGAACCGCCACUGCGACUAUAAUGAUCCUUGGGGAUACUUGCACUCGAGGUUGCAGAUUCUGCAAUGUGAAGACAUCAAGGACUCCACCUCCACCUGAUCCAAACGAACCUGCCAAUGUGGCAGAAGCAAUUGCAUCAUGGGGUCUGGAUUAUGUGGUGAUAACAAGUGUCGAUCGAGAUGAUUUACCUGAUCAAGGGAGUGGUCAUUUUGCAGAGACAGUGCAGAAAUUGAAGGCUUUAAAGCCGAGUAUGCUGAUAGAGGCUCUUGUUCCUGAUUUUCAAGGGGACCCGGGCUGCGUAGAGAGAGUAGCAAAAUCUGGGUUAGAUGUUCUUGCUCACAAUAUUGAGACAGUGGAAGAGCUUCAAAGUGUUGUUCGGGACCGUCGUGCUAAUUUCAACCAAUCUCUAGAUGUUCUGAAGAUGGCUAAAGAUUAUGCUCCAUCUGGUACACUUACCAAGACAUCUGUAAUGUUGGGUUGUGGAGAAACACCUGAUCAAGUGGUUAAAACAAUGGAGAAGGUAAGGGAUGCAGGGAUCGAUGUCAUGACAUUUGGGCAAUAUAUGAGACCAUCGAAGCGCCAUAUGCCGGUAUCUGAAUAUGUAACUCCUGAAGCUUUCGAAAAGUAUCGUACUCUAGGCAUGGAGAUGGGAUUUCGGUAUGUGGCAUCUGGUCCUAUGGUCAGGUCCUCCUAUAAGGCUGGUGAGUUCUACAUCAAAUCAAUGAUUGAAGCAGAUCGAGCCAAAUCUUCCACACAACUUCCAGUCUCAUGAAAAGAGGACUAAUCUAAAAAUCCAUCAGCCUGCCAUUUAAUUGAUUGCUUCUUGCCCCUU